AUGGAUGGGGAUUUGAUCAAGACAACAGGAAAGCUCAUUCAGCGUGUCGAGCGUCUUCUGGCCUGGCAGAAACUGUCAUGUCCAACGCAACGAAUCUUGAUUGCCUUGGCUGGCGUACCAGGAUCCGGCAAAACCACCAUUUCAGAUGCUUUGAUCCAAGAGCUGAAGAGGAAUGGUAUUUCUGAUGUCGCAGUCCUUGCCAUGGAUGGGUUCCAUUAUACUCGCACGACUCUCUCUUCCUUCCUCGACCCUGAUGAAGCAUUUCGAAGACGUGGGGCACCUUUCACAUUCGAUGCCACUGCCUUGGUAGAUCUCGUAGUGCUACUCAGGAAAACACCUGUGACGACACCUGACGAGCCCGAAACCAUCAUCAAAGCGCCAGGCUUUGACCACGCGAGAAAAGACCCGAUCCCCGAUGCCGUUGAGAUCUCUUCACGCACUAGAAUUGUUAUCGUCGAAGGCAACUAUGUACUCUUGGACCAAGACCCUUGGAGACGCAUUUCCACGUUGGUAAACGAUAAAUGGUUUGUAGAUGUCCCAGUCGACAUAGCAAGGGAACGGCUGGCAUCCCGACACCUCAGAGCCGGAAUUGAGACGACGAUAGAAGCGGCGAUCCAGCGGGCCAACGAAAACGAUAUACCGAACGGAGACUACAUAAGAUCCCAUCUGAUCGAACCAAACGUACGCAUCAUUAACUGA